AUGAUAAUCCGAUACCUAUAUCAGUCCGUGGCUGCCACCCUUCUGGCUGCAUGCCUUAUCUUGACCUUGCUACCUCCUGGCAGCUAUGCAAAAAAAGAUGGCCCAACGAUUACGGGCAAGGAGUUUGAGCAGCCCCUGGAAGGCCUGUUCUACUUCGACGACUCCGAUGUAAUAUUGGGCCGUGACGCAGACGCCGGCGAUGUCUGGCGCAGCCCCGACGCUGGUGAAACAUGGCACAAAGUCGAGGGCGAAGGGCAAGAAGGCAAAGCUUGGGAUCUAUGGCCGCACCCAUGGGACAAGCACAGGGCAUACAUUCUCGGCGCUGGCGAGGAUCAUUGGAUCACCACCGACCGCGGCGAGACGUGGCGAAAGUUCAACUCCAAGUCCAGUCCUGACAUCUUUCGCGCCAGCCCCCUCAACUUUCACGGGCGCGACGCAAAGAAGGUCAUCUGGAACGGAGAAACCUGUGCCGGCUUCCUGUGCGAACAAGCUGCGUAUUAUACCGAUGACGACUUCGAGACUGUCCACAUCAUGGGCACCAUGACAAGAGGAUGUCAAUGGGCGGUUGGUACUGAGCAAUUUGGCAAAGGUGUGGAAGAUGUCAACGAGGACCGGAUCUUCUGUAUUGCAGAGGGACUCUAUUCGCCUUGGCAGACGGAUAACAGAUUGCUUGUGUCAGACAACUACUUCGAUGGUCACGCGGGAAUCGAGGUCGGCCUGGACGAAGGACGCGCUAUCACGGGUGUCAUCAGCAUGGCGGCCGUCAAAAGCUAUCUUGUAGCCGCCGCGAAAUCCGAGGGUACAGACGAGCUUGCGCUUUUCGUGACUGUCGAUGGUGAUCACUGGCACCGCUGCGAGUUCGGCCAGCAUCGCAUUGAAGAGGGCGCAUACACUAUCCUCGAGAGUACGAAUUACAGCAUGCAAGUUGAUGUUCUGGGAUCGAGGCCUAUGAAUCCGAUGGGGUACUUAUUCACGUCUAAUUCGAACGGCACUUAUUUCACCCGGAAUAUCGACCACACGAACCGCAACGUGCACGGACGCGUUGAUUUUGAGAAGAUAUCCAACAUUCAAGGUAUCGUCCUCGUCAAUGUGGUUGACAACUUCAGGGAGGUCGAAGGCUCCACCUUGGCCGACAAGGACGUCAAGUCGCAGAUCAGUUUUGAUGAUGGUCGGACAUUCCAGGAUCUCUCGAUCAAAGAUGACAAGCUACAUCUUCACUCCGUGACGGAUGCGAGACAAGGUGGACGAGUCUUCUCAAGUCCGGCUCCAGGUAUCGUUAUGGGUGUCGGCAACACUGGAAAGCAUCUUAAACCCUACGAAAAGGGCGACUUGUUUGUUUCAGAUGAUGCAGGCGUAAGCUGGACGAAGGCUUUGGAUGGUCCUCAACUCUACGAAUUCGGCAAUCAAGGUGCUGUAAUUGUGGCUAUGGACGAUGACGAUGAGACUGACACUCUGCGGUUCUCUAUUGAUCACGGCAAGAACUGGCAGAAAGCCGACCUCGGGGUCAAAGUCCGUGCCAAAUUUAUUACCACAGCACCUGACUCAACCACGCUCAAGUUUCUGGUUAUGGGCGUCAAACAAGAUGGCUGGCAUAUCUUCAAAGUCGAUUUCGAAGGUCUCCACGAGCGAUCCUGCAAGAAGGAUGACUUCGAGAAAUGGCCUGCGCGCGUGGAUGAGGAUGGUAAGACAAGCUGCAUAAUGGGUCACAAACAGUUCUAUCGUCGGCGCAAGGCAGAUGCAGAUUGCUUCAUCGACGAAGAGUUCAAAGACCCGGAGCCCCAAUUCGAGGCCUGCAAGUGUACCAAAGCUGAUUUCGAGUGUGACUUCAACUUUGUACGAUCAGAUGAUCGCAAAGACUGCAAGCCGGCGGCUCCCAUAUCUGUGCCGGAAGGUGUCUGCAAGAGCAAAGAUGACACUUUUAAAGCAUCCUCUGGAUGGCGCCUUAUUCCGGGCAAUGAGUGCGAACGUGAUGGCGGCGAAAGUCUCGACAAAGAUAUUGAGAGGCCUUGCGAUGAAUCGAUCACAAAACCCGGAAUGGGAACCGGAAAGAUCGGGGUUGAGAAAACCGAGUUUAGGUCCCAAAAGUUCGCAGAAUGGUACUACCUUGAGCAGGGCGGCAACAUUAACAGCGAGGAUGAGUCGCUCAUCCUGCGCACCAGCGACGGUGAGAUCUAUCUGACCAAAGAUCAUGGUAAGACUUGGGCACCGAUCCUCAAGCACAAGGACAUUACGCAGAUUGUGCCAAACCCGCACUUCUUUGAGACAGUCUACUUCUUGACCAGGGGCAAAACCGUCCACUACACAUUCGACCGGGGCAAUCGAUUCGAUCAGUUCGAAGCGCCAGAGAAACCGAGCGAGCUGGAUUACCCAAAAUUAAAGUUUCAUCCCGAUUACAAGGACUGGCUGCUUUGGUCUGGACAAGUCGAUGACCACACUAAUGUCUUCUGGUCCGAGGAUCGAGGAGAUGAUUGGAAGACUCUUCGUCGUUACGUCCGCUCGUGUGACUUCAUUCCCAAGGGUGAUGACAACAUGUCGGACAAGAAAGAGGCUGAGAAGCUCAAACAGCUUGUAUACUGCGAACAGUACGAGGCCGAGGAUCCGUCCAAGAAUCUCCAACUUGUCUCGAGCGAUGACUUUUUCCGCGAAUCGCCCGAAGUCCAUUUCGACGACAUAUUGGCCUAUGCAACGAUGUCCGAGUUUAUCAUCGUUGCAGCCAAAGAGGAAGAUGGAAAUGGACUCAAAGUUGAUGCAAGUGUUGAUGGCCGCACCUUUGCUGCCGCACGCUUCCCCAAGAACUUCCAGGUCGACCUUCAGCAGGCGUACACCGUGAUGGACAGUUCUACGCACGCUGUCUUCUUGCACGUGACUGUCAAUCCCACUCACGGUCAGGAGUAUGGCAGCAUCCUCAAGUCGAACAGUAACGGUACCUCGUAUGUGCUCACUCUGAACGGGGUGAACCGCGAUACUGCCGGCUUUGUCGACUUUGAGAAGAUGCACGGUCUUGAGGGUGUCGCGAUGGUCAACGUUGUGUCUAACAUUGAUAAAGUCGAAAAGGGCGGCGACAAGAAGCUGAAGUCUAUGAUCACCCAUAAUGAUGGCGCGCAAUGGGGAUACAUCCCUCCGCCUAAAGCGCGCGCGGAAGGCGGCUCUUACAAAUGCGUGAAAGAGACCAACAAAGCAACCGAGGGUUGUUCACUGCACCUCCACUCCUACACCGAGCGCAGCGACAAGAGUGCGACAUUCUCGUCGCCAAGCGCUGUUGGUGUGAUGCUCGGGGUUGGUAACGUCGGGUCCGAACUUUUACCGCGCGACCACGAUACUACUGACACAUUCAUCACCCGAGACGCGGGGAUCACGUGGAAGUCGAUCAAGAAGGGCUCAUACCUUUUCGAGUACGGCGAUCAGGGCUCCAUCAUCGUGAUCGUGCAAGAGUCCACACCGACCCGAGCGCUUCUCUACACUCUUGACGAAGGUGAUUCGUGGAACGAACACAUCUUCUCUGAGGUUGAUAUGCAGAUUGAUGCUAUCACAACCGUUCCUUCCGACCGCAGUAUGAACUUCCUGCUCUGGGGUAAAGAAGUUGGCUCCGGCAAGAACAUAUUUACAGUGGCGCUGGACUUCUCUGCGCUACAGGACCGGGAGCGCGCCUGUGACUUCAAUGAAGAAAAACCUGAGAACAAAGACUACUUCCUCUGGGAGCCCAAACACCCUCUCCAGUCCGACAACUGCCUCUUUGGGCACGUGGCGCAGUACCAUCGCAAACGCCUGGAUGCCAAGUGCCAUAAUGGCAAGGCUCCCCUGCCCCAGCUGCACAACAUCAAGACCAACUGCUCCUGCACCAGGUCUGACUUUGAGUGCGACUAUAACUAUCAGCUCAAGCCCGACGGCUCCUGUGCACUCGUGCCGGGCCUCGACCCACCGGAUCAUGCGCAGCAAUGUGCCAAGGAUCCGGACCGCGAAGAGUACUACUACCCCAGCGGGUAUCGGCGUGUGCCCCUCACCACGUGCCAGGGAGGCCAGGAGCUGGACAAGACAGUCGCGCAGCCAUGUCCCGGACAUGAGGACGAGUUCAACAAAAAGCACGGCCUCAGCGGCGCAGGGCUCUUCUUUGUCAUUAUCAUCCCCAUCGCGGCCGCGUGUGGCGUCGGCUACUGGGUCUUCACCAAGCACCGCGAGGGCUUUGGAUCGUUCGGCCAGAUCCGACUAGGCGAAUCGAUGGGCUCCGGCGGUCCUGGCGAGAGCCCAUGGAUUACAGUGCCAGUGGCAGUCAUCAGUGCAGUGGUUGCGGUUUCGCGGGCGAUACCGAUGGUACUAACGAGUUUGUGGCGGAGCGCACAGGGGUUCAUGCCCCUGUCUGGUGGUGGUGGAGGCAGUCGAGGACGCUUUGGUCUGGGAGGUCAAGGGCCUUAUCGCAGUCGCGACGCGUUUGCGAAUCGACGGCAGGAUUACAGCCAGGUCGUUGAGGAUGAUGAAUUGCUUGGUGAUGGCUUGGAUGAUGAGGAAGGGGACGUUUAG